UUCUGAUUUCCGUCAUAACUUCGCAGUUCGUUCGCAUCGAUAAUAAUUAUUGUCGAUAGGAAAUCGUAAGUUGUAACCCGAUUAUCGAAGUUGAAGUCAGUUUUACUACUAUAAUUUCAGCAAAUCUUUAACAAAAUGCAGGGCCUAAGCAUUGAGAGUCUCAAGAGGCACAAAGCUCUGAUUCCUUUGUUUGUGUGUGUCGGCCUGGGUUGUGGUGGUGCACUGUUCUACACUGCCCGUUUGGCAUUCCGCAACCCUGAGGUCACCUGGAACAGGCGCACUAACCCUGAGCCAUGGGAGGAGUACAGGACCAAACAAUAUAAAUUUUACUCUCCCACAAGAGACUACAGCAAGGAAGAUUGUCCCGCCCCCAAGUAUUAACUUCCUAACUAAUUGAGCAGUGUUGUAUGUAAAGCUUUAGACUUUUUAUUUAAUAAAUAGAGUUAUGAGAUAACAAAA